UUUUGUCAAAUUAUGAAUAAAUCUAUACAGGCUAGCUUGCUUCUCUAGACUCACUGUAUUCAAGUGGAACCAUUAGUUUAGGACGCCUCUUCGGAAGGAAAUAAACCGCGUACCAACGUGUUUCCCACAUCCGUGCCUACCGUGACCCCGGGAAUACGUGUUUAAAGUAUGAUGUUUUUAUCCUAAAACAGAGAUGCUGUCUUAUAUGUUUAGAACCACCUUUGCAGCUCAGAAGGUAUGGCAUUGGGCAGUCCUGACAAGAGCUUCUGAAGGUGGAUGCAGCUCCCUGCAGACCUGCUGUGCCUCAACAGCAAGGCUGCUGUUUUCAGAAAGGGAUGCCGGACGAGUAAAACCUCCUGCUGUCCUCGGUUUCAAGAGGACCCAAGGUCAUGCAGCUCCAUUUUUAGUGAGGAGCCAGCAUUUCCACUCUUCUGCUGUGAGGCUGAAGAAGCGACCAAAGCUUGAACCUCCUCCCAGAGAGCUGGAUCUGCUGCGCUAUGACAUGAAGGACUUGUGGAAAGGUCCCAAACCUGCCCUGUACCUGGGGUUUGCAGGGCUGAUCCCCUUCGUCGCCCCUCCUCUGCUCAUGGCUGUGACUGAGAGCUACUCUCCAGAGUUGGCCUAUGCUCAGUUAGCUUACGGCGCCUCCAUUGUUUCCUUCCUGGGUGGAGCUCGCUGGGGAUUCGCUCUUCCUGAGAGCAGCCCAGCAAAACCUGACUGGAUGAACCUGGCCAACAGUGUGGUUCCCUCCCUGUUAGCCUGGGUGUCCAUGCUGAUGAGCGACAGCAUUGUUCCUGCAGCCACCAUGGUUAUCAUGGGACUAGGAAUAUCGCUGCAUUAUGAUCUGUCUCUGCUGCCCACUUACCCCAGCUGGUUCAAAGCCCUGCGCGCCAUCCUGACCACUGUGGCAUUUUUUUCUCUUAUUGGUACACUCAUAAUAAAUGCAAUAUACCUAGAAAAGAAGCUAUUCUCAGAUUAAAUAGUAUACAAAUAUAUAUAAACUAUAAAGCCAAAAUGCUUUUAUUUUGGAGAUCUUAUUUCUUGAAAAUAAAGUUUUUUUGUUUUGUUUUCUGUAUUAAUCACAGGUCUGUCUGUCUGUCUGGUCAUGAUCUGUGCUUUUUCUUGAACAAAACUGGCCAAUAUCUAAUGUAUAGAAGUUUUGUAUGUACGUGUACCAUCUUUCAAAUUAAUCUGAAGAAAAAAGCUUGUCAGUGAUUUUUUUUUUUCAAGCUAGCACCAGGAGUCACAAAAAUCAUUAUUUUUCAAAUGCAGCACAUUAAAAGAACUGAACAAAAAGACAGAAAUGUGGAAGUUGUUGCUCAAUGAAUGUCAAAUAAAUGCACUUUUACCAUUCAGCA